AUGUGCGAAUGGCGUUUGGUGGUUUUCAUUCACGUGCUCCUUGUUUGCUCGAUCCGGGCAAGGGAAAUAAAUUCAUCGGAUAACCCCCUCGAUAACCACAUAACGUCAGGAAAUAGAACACAAAGGUUUCUUUUCGAUUCAAUCUUCGGUCUAGAAGUUCCUCUUUUGGAUGAGCAAAGUGUAGAAGAUGAUGAAGAAGAUACAACCCAGGUCAGGAACUGUUCGUGUGAAUGCGGCAGGGCAAAUCCACUUCCUAAGAAGAUCGAUUGCGGAGGUGGACCAAACCAGGAAAACCGCAUAGUUGGCGGGUUUCCGGCUGGGCUCAACCGGUACCCGUGGAUGGUGAGGCUGGUCUAUGAUGGUCAGUUUCACUGCGGAGGAUCCCUUGUUACUAAGGAGUAUGUCGUCACCGCCGCACAUUGUGUCAGGAAAUUGAAACGAUCGAAAAUUAGAAUAAUACUGGGCGAUCACGACCAGACAUUGACCACGGAGAGCGCAGCUAUAAUGCGUGCUGUCACGUCCAUUAUACGACAUCGCAGCUUCGACGCGGACUCAUAUAACAACGAUAUAGCCCUGCUGAAGCUACGAAAACCAGUCACCUUUUCGAAGAUCAUCAAACCUGUAUGCUUGCCCCCCGCAAGUGUAGAUCCAGCAGGCAAAGAAGGUAUAGUGGUGGGUUGGGGCCGUACAUCAGAGGGUGGUCAGCUACCCGCCAUAGUUCAGGAAGUCCGCGUGCCAAUUUUGUCUCUACAGCAAUGUCGUGGAUUGAAGUACAGAGCUUCACGCAUCACGAAUAACAUGCUUUGCGCGGGUCGAGCAUCAACAGACUCAUGCCAAGGCGACAGUGGCGGCCCCUUGUUGGUACAGCAAGGAGACAAAUACCAGAUUGUUGGUAUAGUAUCGUGGGGUGUUGGUUGCGGUCGGCCCGGAUAUCCCGGUGUCUACACACGUAUAACCCGAUAUCUGCCCUGGCUUCGCGCAAAUUUAAGGGAUACCUGUCUAUGCGGUAAUUAAUAUGAGAUUAGAUUUCUUAACUGUUUUUAUUUUAACAGAAGACUAUAGUCAAAAUUAGGAGGGCUUAAUAAUACAAUGUUAAAUGUGUAACUAAAAUCGUUUUUCUAGAUCAGUAAAAACUCUUAUACUUCAAGCUUAAAACUAUAUUCUAAAAACAUUAAUAACAAUUUUUAUCAAGAAACAAACACUAUUAUUUCCUUUUAAGAAGUGUUUUUGCUGAAGUCCCUAAAACAUUGUCACUAACGGGGUUUUCUGUAUGUAAUGCGGAGUGCGUAAUAUUGUCCGUGCGUAGCUUGUAACAGGGCA